ACUGGUGUUCGGUUAAAAAAAAGGUGUAAACCUUAUAAGUAUGAUUAGUUUCAUUGAAGUGAUUAACGGAAGUAUAACACUUUUGUUAAAAUGGCAAAAGAAAAAAUUUAUUUAAAAUUUACAAUAUUUAUAUUAAUUUUGGCUUAUGUUCGAGCCGAAAGCACACCUUGUAAUUUACGUGAAACACCCGAUGGCGGCGUUUGUGUCUGCACCUCGUCAUAUUGUGAUUAUUUAGAAGAUCCUACACCCGAAGAAGAACCCCGUUUCAGUUUAGUGUCGUCAUCAAAGGCAGGUCUACGUUUUGAAUCCACCAAAGGUCUUUUUAAUCUUUUCAAAAAAUAUUAUGUUUUUGAUUAUGAUCAACGUAUGCGUUCACAAACACAAAAUGAGACAGUACAAAUAAAUCAAAGAUUUACCCCAGCCCGCACAGUACGCUUGGAAAUAAAUCGUGAUAUUAAACAUCGUAAGAUUGUAGGUUUUGGAGGAGCUUUCACUGGCGCCGUUUCAUAUCUAUUGCAGAAACUACCACAAGAAUUGCAAGAUCAUCUUUACAAAUCCUUUUACUCUAAAGAUGGCAUUGGUUGGAAUCUAUUGCGUAUGUCUAUUGGUGGCAGUGAUUUUGAUUUGGAGCCUUGGGCCUAUAACGAACUACCCGAAAAUGAUGCCCAAUUAACAAAUUUCACAAAACUAGAUCCUCGUGAUGCCAUAAAAGCCCAACAAAUACAUCGUCUUAAGGAAGUUGCAAAGUCGAAUAAUUUAAAAAUUAAAGGUGCCGCCUGGAGUCCUCCCAAAUGGAUGAAAUCCAAUAAUGCUUGGACUGGUUUUAGUCAUUUGAAAAAGGAAUACUAUCAAACCUGGGCCGAUUAUCAUUUGAAAUGGGUGGAAAUAAUGGAAAAGAAUGGUUUGCCCGUUUGGGCCAUAUCAACUGGCAAUGAACCCAUGAAUGGUUUAGUCUUUAUGAAUUUUGUUAAGUUUAUGAGUUUAGGUUGGUCUCCUCUCCAUCAGGCCGAAUGGUUAAGUGAUCAUUUGGGUCCCACCAUUAGAAAUUCAAAGUAUAAAAAUUUAAUCAUAUUCGGAAAUGAUGAUCAACGCUACACUUUCCCCAAUUGGUUCCAUGUGAUGAAGAAAAAGCGUUCCGAUUCUGUGGAUUAUAUCGAUGCCUUGGGUGUUCACUGGUAUUGGGAUGAAAUUUUCAAACCCAGUUUUAUUGAUAAGACUCUGGAACAAAUGCCCGAGAAGUUGUUACUCAUAACUGAGUCUUGUAUUGGUGAUAAACCCUGGCAAAAGUCGGUGCCAGCAUUGGGUUCUUGGUAUCGUGGCGAAAAGUAUGCCAGAGCUUUCUUGCAAAAUUUGCAACAUGGCUAUAAUGGUUGGAUUGAUUGGAAUUUGUUGCUCGAUCAAAAUGGUGGUCCCAAUUAUGUUGAUAAUACCGUCGAUGCUCCUGUUAUAGUUAAUACAAAUAAUCCCAAUGAGAUUUUAAAACAACCCAUGUUUUAUACUAUGGGUCAUUUCUCGAAAUUUAUACCUGAAAAUUCGGUACGCAUUGAUGCGAUUCGCAGCAAUGUUAAUAUCGAUAGUGUGGCUUAUUUGCGCCCUGAUGGCUCCAUUUCUGCUGUUCUCUUCAAUAGUGGCAAUGCUAAUGUUGAAAUUACCGUUGUGGACAGUGUUAGCGGUACUAUUGUUAUUAACUUACCUCCCCGUUCUAUUCAUACAUUACUUUAUCGCUGAAAAUAUUCUACUAAAUAAAUUUGUUUAAAAAUAA